CUGAAGAACUCAGCAUUCAUGCAAAAGUUCAAACCAUCUUAUGCUAUGUAGCACCAAACAAAAAAAAUCCAACCAGAUUUUUAGAAUCUUUUGGAGAACAUGCUGAUUGGUUCUUGUAUUCCACAAAGCUGGGAGAACAAGUUCACUCGACAUUAGAUAAAGCUAGUAAAACAUGGAUUGGACCUUAUUCUGGGAAAAAACCUGAAAAGAAAAAUGUUACGAAGAAAACCAUGGAUUCAGUCAUUGAUGAAAAUGACCAAAUUACCACAGAAAUAGCAAGAAAUGCAGUAAAUAUUGCUGUAAAAAAGGCAGCUACAAUGAAAAGGCUGAAAUUGCUGGAAGAACAGAGAAAAAACAAGAAUCAGAAGUUAGCUUCUGUGAAACCCAAAAAGCCUAUGAACAAAAAAAUCAAAUCCAGUUCAAGGUCUAGUUAAUUGUUCUCCCCCUCCAAAGUUGAUUCCGAAAAGCUCUGAAUGUUUACCAUCAACACCAAAUAAUGGCAGAUCAUCCCAGUCUUUCACUCCCCAGAAAAUUUGUUCUUCCAAUCUUUCAGUCAGUUUAGUGAAGGACCGAAUCAAUAAAGAUCCCAUUCAUGAACAAGAUUCAAUUUUCGAUACGCCUGUUACUAAAAUCAGAGUAAUAGAGGGGAUGGUGGCGUCGCCCUGUCGAAAUUCUCCAUAAGGCUAUGUCCGAGGUUUUUCAAGAUUUUUUCAAUUGUUUGGCGGGCGUUACAGAAUAGCUCUCCCUUAAACGCAGCGCCGCCACGCGUAGCCUUCAGUCAACAUAAGCAAGAAAAUCAUUCUUCAUUCCUUUCCACGAUUUCCUUCAUUCCUUCCCCAUGGCUGGUAAUAUUCAAGGGAAUGUCUCUUUCAAAUCCGUUGAAAUUAAAAUCUUCAAGAAAAACUUGCUUCUUUUGUGGUGUCAAUUAUCAGGAUGAAAACAAAAGAAUUUGUAAUUUUGGUGUACCUAAGAACAAGUUUUCUAGUUGGCAAUUAAUCAUUCCAGAGCUGAAGCAAGCAUCGUUACUGUGUGAAAAGCAUUUUGAUGAGUCAGAUGUUUUAAAAGGAUUUACAGAUGGCACAGUGUAUCAUCCCUAUGGAAGAUGGAGAUUAAGUAUUUCUGCUGUUCCUAAACAUUUCUUGGGUAUAAAGGAAGCUUCUUCCAAAGUAGUCAAACGUACUCCUCUGAAACAACUGUUUUCAGUCAACACACAACAAAAGAAACGUGAUGGCAUACAAGCUAAAAUUUCUAGUGUUCAUUCUAUGUCCAACAAUCACCAAAACCUACCAUCACCUCUGGGUAAUGGAGCAAACAGACACAAACCAUUAAAAAGAACUGUUGGUACCGAGAAUACACCACCUAACCAACAUAACAAAAAAUUGAAACUUAUAAGCCACCAAGCACCUAGUCGUGUUUCUAAAAGCAAUACUCCAUUUCAAUCGGUUGCUUUACCAACCCUACAACAUCCAGAAACAGAAAUCAUUGGUGGCAUUGAUCUGAUGGAGACUGAUGAGCCUUUUAAUUUGCCAAUUGAGACUCUAACCACAGUAGAAGAAGACACUGCUAGUUGUGAAACUACUACUGCAUUUCAAUCGGCUGCUUCACCGCCUCAUCAAGAAGAUGAAUCACAACUCAAUGAUGACAAUGAUCAUACAGAAACGGGUGAGCCUUUUGAGUUGUCCAUUGACAAAGAAACCACAGUAGAAGAAGACACUGUCAGUUGUGAUACUACUACUACAUCUAAAUCGGUUGAUUCACCCACCCUACAACAUCCUGAAACAAAAAUCAUUGGUGGUAGUGAGCUAAUGGAGACUGGUGAGCAUUUUAAUUUGCCAAUUGAGGCUGAAACCACAUUAGAAGAAGAAACUGUCAGUUGUGAUACUACUACUACAUCUAAAUCGGUUGCUCUACCGCCACAACAAGAUCCAGAAACAGAAAUAAUUGCUGGCAGGGAUCUAAUGGAGACUGGUGAGCAUUUAAAUUUGCCCAUUGACAUUGUAACCACAUUAGAAGAAGAAGAUUCUGUCAGUAGUGAUACUACUACUACUUCUCCUCCACAUCAAUAUCGUGAUUCACAACUCAAUGGUGACAGUGAUCAUACAGAAACGGGUGAGUCUUUUGAGUUGUUCAAUGACAGAGAAACCACAGUAGAAGAAGACACUGCUAGUUGUGAAACUACUACUGCAUUUCAAUCGGUUGCUUCACCAACCCUACAACAUCCAGAAACAGAAAUCAACGAUGUAACUACAGCAAAUGAAACUACGGAUGCAGAAAUAGUUGGUGCCCCAACUGCGGGGAAAAAGCCUAAAAGAGUUUAUCGAAUAAAGGCACCAACUUACUGCGAAUGCCAUAAAGAAAUAAAGGGGAAGUGUGCACCAUGUCAGAUAAGGGAACUAAAGAUGCUUGUACAGGAAAAGGACAAACAACUGAAGAUUGUGAGGAGUUAUCAAGUUAAAGCGACAGUUGACUUAGCAAAACUAAAAUGUAAAUUGAAGGAAGGAAAAAAACUGAAUACGUCAUCCAAACAUUUGGCGAGAAUGCGUCAGUAUGCGGUGGAUUGCGUAGAAACCAUCUCUAAGCUAAAGGAUGACGUUGCAACCCUUACCGAAAAUCAACUGGACGAGAAAAUUAAGCAUCUAACUCACGGAGAAAGAGUCAUCAUCAACACCUUCAUCAUGAAGGGCAAAGCUGAGCUUAAGGCUGAUACUGGAAGAGCUUACGGUAUGAAAUACGAUGCUGGAUUCUUGAUGCAGUGCCUGCUUCUAAAGUUGAAAAGCAGCUCCACCUAUAACCAUCUGAGAAAGAACAAAAUUCUGCCCCAUCCUAGUCCAUCAACGAUUCGUCGGCGGCUUAGUUCAUCGGAAUGCAAAUUUGGUUUCAACGAACUAGCACUGGAAAACAUCAAGAAAGCUAUGGCAAAUCUACCAGAAUCUGAACGUUGGGGUAGUAUUAUGUGGGACGAGGUUUCGCUGAAGAAAGAUCUCAGUUGGCAUUCGUCUAGAUUGGAAUGGCACGGUAUUGUGGACUUCGGUGAAGAUAUUAAGGGAGCCGUGAAGAGUGGAAUUGCUACACAUGCCCUAGUGUUAAUGUUUCGCCCAUACAGAGGCAAUUGGGUGCAACCCUUUGCUUGUUUCGCAUCUAAAAACGCUGCCAGCUUCACAAUACUUCACGAAGUUAUUGUGAAAGGUAUUGUUCUACUUCAUAACAAUAAUGCCAUCGUCAAGAACCUCGUGUGUGAUGGGUGUUCCUCGAAUAAAGCCACCAUGACUUUAUUUGGUAUUCAUGGAAAAAAAUCAAGAGAAAAGGUUGAAAAAGACAAUUCUUAUUUCAUGAAACAUCCAUUGGAUCCAUCUAUCAAAAUAUAUUGGUUGUUUGACGCACCGCAUCUUUUAAAGUGUACAAGAAAUCAAAUUCUAACACAUAAAGAGGUUCAGUAUGGUGGUUCAACUGCACGUUUCAUUUACUACAAACGUUUACAUAAACUGGGAAAAAAAAUCAUUUUCGGAGGGCGUUUAAACUUACUGAGUCUCACAUCAACCCAACUAAUUUUGAGAAUGACAUGAGGAAGUCAUGUCAGAGUUAUGCAAACUAAAUGUUUUGAAUGUUUGCUGUGAUAAACACGAAGAUUCCUUGCCCUAUUUAAUAAUGCAAUAUGUACAUAUUCGUUUUCACACAGAGUCUAAGCGAUUUCGAAACAUACAUCUGUCUAGUGAUCGAACGCAAAUGAAAACUAACAAAAAAUUGUCAAGAAUCCCAAAAAGUGCUGAAAUUCAAUGUGAAAAAGUCAAAGAAAAAGAAACAGCAAAUACAACGGAUAAAACUUAAA